AUGGUGCUGGUGUUUGCUCUGGUGUUCGCUCUGGUGCUCGCGCGAUCCCGAGCGGACUUCGAGACUUGGGAUCCCGUUCCCUUCCGCCCAAUCUCAGCGAACUCUGCGGAUGAGAUUCCUGUGGGGCUGGAAGAACGGCGGCGUGUGUUGGCUGAGAGGGAAGCAUUUCUCUUACAGGCAGGUUUGCAGGUGCAGGAGUGGAAGCAUCUACUUGCGAACCGCUCACGUGAAGUGCGGUGUCGCAAGGAGAUUUUUCGACGCCAUUGGGCAGACCAGGAAGUGGCUGUGCUGCAUUUGAUCGUUUUCCGGCUGGUCCAAAUCCAGGCCACGGCGGAAGUCGACGUCGCAGGUCGAUCGCCACCGCACGGGAGUGCGAACGUGGGGGUCGAAGUCAUCGUUUGCAUCAAGAACUUGAAGGCUGUGGCCGGCGAUUUCCCGGUUCACGAUGUGCUUCGUGCCUUGACGGUCUUGCCCGUGACCAACAUUUGCCGGACGGCGGAGCCAGGCACCGAUGUCCUCGAUCGCCUGGCGACCUUUCUUGAUGAAGCACCCAAGUCAUCGACGCUCUACCUGGUGGUCUUCGCCACGAAUGUCUUCUUCAACGACCUCCCCGACCGAAGCGGACCGGAGGCGAUCCGCGCACGCUACCAGGCACUGAGCCCAUCUCUAGGGGAGGCCUCUGGACACGUGGUGGUGGGCACCGCACGUUUUUGCGGAGAGGCGUGCGAGGUGGAAGAUCCGCCCUAUUUGGACGCUUCGGGUCUUUUGGGUCCAAAACAGUCGCUGCAGCGCCUCGUCCACUCGCUGAUGCACGAGUCGCAGAGCCUGCCGAGCGGCCAAUCGCCUGACCUGAGCCACUUGCUCCGCAGCUACAUCCGCAAAUCCUUCAAACAGACCACCGAAACAUCGUGGGGACCUUCUAUUGUUCUGGACCGUGAGCAGAGCAUCUUUGGACACUUCGGGGAGGUCGCGUCUGGUUUGUGCGCUGAUGGACGGAACUGGUGCAGCAUGGCGAAGCCUUGCUGUGCCAUCAGCAAUCGCUUUCGACACCUCCAUGAGGCUUUCUAUGGAAGGUACACUGUGGAGGAGUGUGCCGUUGUCCGGGAUGAUGGGAAGGAGCCCAAGCAAUGGCCAAUCCUGUGGUCCGGGGAUGGCACCGCCAAGUGGAUGUACUUAUUGGCCUUGGAUGCGCUGGCCGUCUCGUGUCAGCCUGUGGCCCGCCUGGUCUUGCUGAGCCAUCCCAAGGAUCACUUGGAACGUCUCUUCUCCGCCUUCGAAGCCACACAAACUCCGGGCUCCAUUGCGCCACGGGCUUGGAAGAGCAAAAGCAGUACAAUGAUGGCGGUGCAAGCCUGCAUGAUCCUCUUCUACCUGACUGCGCUUCUUUUGGGUGGCCUCGACAGCGUCCGGGAGGUUCAGGCGCCCCCGUCCUCGUCGAGGCAGCUGGGCGAGAAGCGAUACUUCGGUGCAAAGUGGGAUCUCUCGGAGUAUUACGAGGAGAACUGUGGUGGAGAUGACUUCAAGGUCUACUCGACGCACCUCUCCGUGCUCUACCGAAGCUAUGACGUGGCUGCAGACUUUGACUACAUGUAUUUUGGCUUUAGCCAAGAAGAGAGCCACCAGCUCGAUCAGCGGGCGCGGCUCCUUUGUGAGGGCCAUGCUGAAGCUUUGAGCAGCAACAAAGACCGCUGGGAAGACAAAUGGAGGAGGUCGGAUAAGCCUUGUGACUGGGGCCUCUUUUGCGGACUCUCUGGCCUUCCGGAGAUUGGCUGCUGGAGCUCCUGGAGCUCCUACACACGGUCGACGCCCACGGUGAUCCUUGGAAAGGUGGCGGAAGGGCUGAACUUUGCUGGGCCUGCAAGAGCAGUGGACACAGAUGACUCUAGCGGCUUGGUCGCCUGCGACAUGGCAUGCCACCAUUUGAAAAGCGGCCUCACGUCCGUCGCCUUGGCGAGCUCAGCCAGCUGGAUUUCAAGCCCCUGCCAGCUGGCGCUCCAUUGUGCAGAAGGUCUCGCCUCCAGAUCGGGACGGACACGCUGCUUCGACCAGUCGGGGGAUGGCUUCACCCUUGGGGAAGGCUGCGUGGUGCUCAGGCUGCAGCCGCAGCAGAAAUCCACCUGGCAGAUUGUCGGCUCCGCGGUGAACAGCCGAGGCCCGGAUGUCAAGCUGGUUUCUGCACCUUCAAGUGCGGCCAUGGUGGACCUCAUGGCUCAGGCUCAGAGAGAUGCUGGGGUGCCCUUUGCUGUGGUGGACGCCGUGGAGACCAGCUCCAAAGGAGCCCUGUCCGACGCCUUGGAGCUGAAGGUCUUGCAGCAGGCGCUGGCGCACGGCGAGCGCCACAAGGCGCCAGUGGUGGCCUCCUGUGCCAAGGCGACCUGGGGACACUUGGGUGCUUGCAGCGGGUUGGCGUCGCUGGCACGAACGCUGCUGCUGCUGGGCAAAAGCCUUUACGGACCCCAGCUUCACCUUCAUCAGCUCCUGGCUUUGGAAGAAGCUCCCAGGCUGAGCUUCUUGACGGAGGCCAUCGGGGCCACUGCCACCACGCAGCUGGCGAGCGUGGCCGCCUUCGGUACAGGUACCAAUGCUCAACAAUUGGUUUCGGUGAAGUACCCGCACAAGGCGCUUGGUCGGCCCAAACGCGUGUCCUGGUGGCCGACUGAGAGCCGUCAGAAGGAUGUGAUCGUCAUGAGCUCGGGCUUCUAUGUGGUUGGGACGAUGACUUCCUGGAAGGAUGGUUUACUGCUAUCGCCCAGCGAGGACGAUGAGCGAAGCGAGCGAAGCUUUGCGUGUGUCGUGACCCUUCGGCAGACCGGCUGGGAGAAGUUCCAGAUCUGGCUUGAUCGAGAUCCGCAAUGUGUGCUGCAUCCAGGCAAUCUGGAGAUUUCUGAUUCGAUCGUCCUUGGACCUGACGAUGGUGUGUCAAGGUCCCAGAGCUGGAAGAUCGUGGGCCAGCCAGGUGACCGCUUUGAGCUCAGGCUGCAAGUCAACGGCAAGUACAAGCGGGUUUCCUGGCAGAAGGUCUCUCUCACGCCCUUCCCGCCGGAAUACUCCAGCCUGAGCCUCAUCGGGGACCACAGCUUCUGGGAGUUCGAAGCCAUGUCCCGAGAAGAGGGUGGGGAUGUCUUUGAAGCAGAGAUCAAGCUCCUGAAGGAGAAGAAUGAGUUCCAGAUCUACGUGGACGAGGAUUUUGAUCAAGGCUUCUAUCCAGCUUGGGAUCUACGAGCUGAGCCCAGCAAAGAAGGCACGGACAGCGGGGGACCUCAGAUUGGCCAUUGCGGGUCCCGAUGGCUUGGGCCAUGGGAGGAACUUCUGCAUCUCUGGGACGCUGGGAGAGCUCAUCCGAUGCUCGGCGCAGGCCCAAGCGAAGGCUUCAUUGGGAGCAUGUCGGCUUUUCGGAGGUUGACCUGGAGGCCUUGGCGGGGGCACAAAGAUACUAUGUCGCUGGCUCGUGGGACAACUUUGAGACCUGUGAGGAGCUCCUGCCUGGCGCUUCUGGUACGUGGUCUGCCGAGGUGCGGCUUGGAAGUGAAGUUGGAGAUUCUUUCCAGAUUCUGUUGA